GCCUUCCCAAUGGAGCCCCGGGUUCCCCACAACAUCACCGUUGUCCCCAACGCUGUGAUGGUCCAGCCCCUGCUGGACAGUCGGAUCCCCUACGGGCGGCUGCAGCACCCCCUGACCAUCCUGCCCAUCGACCAAAUGAAGACAACUCACAUCGAGAACGAUUACACCGACAACCCCACCGCCCCCCAGCCGGCAGCGCAGAAGCGUCCCCGAGUUCCCCACGAACUGGUCCUGACCAACCAGCACCUGCAGCACUGCGACCAGGAUGUCACCCACCCCUGGAUUUCCUUCAGCGGGCGCCCCAGCUCCAUCAGCAGCAGCAGCAGCACAUCCUCAGACCAAAGGCUCUUGGACCACAUGGCCCCGGUGCCCGUGGUGGAGCAGUCCUCCCCCAGAGCCGUUCGCAUCCAGCCCAAGGUGAUUAACUGCAAACCCCUGGACCUGAAGGGACCUGUGUCUCAGGAACUGGACAAGCACUUUCUCCUGUGUGAAGCCUGUGGGAAAUGCAAGUGCAAGGAGUGUGCAUUGCCCCGGACUCUGCCAUCCUGCUGGGUGUGCAACCAGGAGUGCCUCUGCUCGGCGCAGAACCUGGUCAACUACUCCACCUGCAUGUGCCUGGUCAAGGGCGUCUUCUACCACUGCACCAACGAGGAUGACGAGGGCACGUGUGCUGACCACCCCUGCUCCUGCUCCCACUCCAACUGCUGUGCCCGCUGGUCCUUCAUGAGCGCCCUGUCCCUGGUGCUCCCCUGCCUGCUGUGCUACCUGCCAGCCACCGGCUGCGUCAAGCUCUCCCAGAGGUGCUACGACCAGGUGAGCCGGCCCGGAUGCAGAUGCAAAAACACAAACAGUGUCAUUUGCAAGGCUCUGCCAGAGAGCAAAGGAAGCAGCUCAGAAAAGCCCUUUUGAUGGUUUGGGAGGACGGGGAGCCGGAGGAUGCUCCAUGGAAGGGGGAUUUUGGCUCUUUAAUAACCUGUGUUCC